AUGGCGCUGCAGAAAGACAAGAAGCCUAAGAAAUCAACCUGGAGGUUCCAUUUGGACCUCACUCAUCUGGUGGAAGAUGGAAUUUUUGAUUCUGGAAACUUCGAACAGUUUCUCCAGGAGAAGGUUAAAGUCAAUGGGAAAACUGGAAAUCUUGGAAAUGUUGUUCACAUUGAACGCUUGAAGAAUAAAAUCACAGUUGUUUCUGAGAAACAGUUCUCUAAAAGGUAUUUGAAAUAUCUUACCAAGAAAUACUUUAAGAAGAAUAAUCUCUGUGAUUGGCUUCGUGUGGUUGCAUCUGACAAGGAGACCUACAAACUUCGCUAUUUCCAGAUUAGUCAGGAUGAAGAUGGGUCAGAGUCUGAAGAUUAG